AUGCCAAUAGAAUAUCCUGAAACAUCAAAUGAAGGAAUUGCUUAUAUACUUUAUGUCAAAGAAUGGAAUGAUGUCUCCUCUGUAACAAAUGAUGUAAUUAAAAACUCAGUAUUCCUAUUCAAACUGACACCUAGUGGUGGAAGUUCUAAAGUAGAAUGUCCUUAUUUUGGUAUUAAUCCUGAAGAUAAAACACAAAAAUCAUAUGUUCCAACAGUAAAUCUUGAAAACAACCAAUUUAUUUCGAAUCUUAAUUCAAACAUUCCUUCCAAAAGACAAAGACAUGUUACUACUCAAAUUGAGUACCUUGCAGCUAUUGCAGUGAAAUGCCCCUUUAAUAAUUAUCAAUGUGACAGAAAACCUUGUAUUAAAAAAUACAAAAUUCAAAACAUAGCAAAAGGUUAG